CGGCGAUGAACAAGCACAAGCAGCAACACCAGCGUGAAGUGUGAACAAACACCACCCCCACUACCGAGACCAGCGACCAAUCGCCCUGGCACAAAGAGCACUCCACUCCGACGUGCCCGCCUGGCCUUUCCGUUCGUCAACGCACGCCGCCGCCGCCCCAAUCCCCGGCCUAACCGAACUUGUCCGAAUGUCCGGUACAGGGACACGAAGUCAAGCAGAACGUGGAGGGCCACGAAAUUCAGCUAGCCUGCCACUCAGUGGCGGCGCUCGCUGCCAAACCGCCGGCCGGUGCGGUGCCCGAUCUCCACGCCGGCAUGACCACCGCACUAGAAAAAAGUUCAGAUAACCCGCCACUACCUGACUGACGACCGUUUCUGAUCCAAUCCGCCCCCUCCAAUCACUCCUGAAUCAUCGCUCGGCACAGUGCCCGGCGCCACUAUAAAUUGCAGCCAUUGAUCAUGGAUCCAUUGAUCAGAGGUAGUGUUAGAGAGAGAGAGUCAGAGAGGGAGAAAGAAGCAAUGGCGGCGGCGAUCGACGACUCGUGCCGGCGGCCAGGGUCGGUGCCGUUCAAGUGGGAGGUGUGCCCGGGGACGCCCAAGCACGUCCGGAGCAGCAGCGCCAGCGCCGCGCCGCCGCCCUACUCCUCCCCGUCUCCGCUCCCCAAGGUGGCCGUGUCGCCGAAGCUGACGCCGCCCCCGGCCAUGUCGCUAUCGCCGUACCACUCCCCGCGGGUAUCCUACUACGCCGCACGCUCCGCGUCGGUAUCGCCGUCCCGGCGCCGCGCCCCGCACCGCCCGACGGCCUUCCUCGACAUCGCGCCCCGGGUCGCCCCCGCGUCGUACGGCCCCGGCCCCGAGGAUGAGGACACGGCGGCGUCGGCGGCGGCGAGUAGGUGCUUCCCGCUCCCCGUGUUCCGGAGGAGGGACCGGGACGGCAAGAGAGGCAGUGGCUCGGGGCGGCAGCCCGGGGCGUCGUCGUCCGGGAGCAGCUUCAGGUCGGACGGCGCGCCGUGGCCGACCGGCCUGCGGCGGUCGGCGUCGAGCUCGUCGUCCUCGUGCCUGUCCCUGUCGUCCAGGAGCAGCGGCAAGCUGGUCGAGGCGAGGGAGGUGGAGGCUGCCGGCGGCUGGUUCUAUUGAGACAACCGGCAACGGCAAGUCGGCAAGGCAAUCAAGGAUGCAUAGCUGAAGAACAAGGAUUGGAAAAGUUUGUCAGCGUGUGAUGAGACGUUGAGACCCCAGCAAGAACAUGUAGUGAUUCUUGGCUGGAGACUGUGUUUGUAUGCGCACGUUCUUGUGUACAAAACAGUUGCUCGUCGAUCCGAUAGUUUCAGAUACGUCAGAUACUGGAUUGUGCAGAAGUCAGCUGAUGAGAGAAAAAAAUAACAGUGUCACCUCACGAUCGAUUUAUAAUCUGCAAUAAAGGAUAAAACAGGGCAACUUAUAUUGUGUA